CGUGCAAACAGACCCGGUAGUACAAUGAGUUUGAGUUCUAGAGAAGACGGUUUAGGAGAACUAUUAUUCAAAUGUUUACAGAAAUAUGAUAAAAGAGUAUUACAGUUUUUAGAUGACACAAAUGACGUUAACACAUUCUCAGAUAUUCUUACAAGAAGUGUCAGGACAGCAAUUAAACUUAAACAGGAUGGAAUUAGUCGAGGUGAUAUUGUUUCCAGCUGUACCCACAGUCACAAAAACUCUAUUAUUCCAUUCAUUGCUACACAGUUUUUAGGUGCAAUUUCAACAACUUUUGAUGAAAAUUUACCUCCAUUAGAUACUGUACACUUAUUAAAACUGGUUCAACCCAAGAUCCUGUUUGUUUCCGAAAAUAGCCUAGAAUUUAUAGAAAAGUGUUUACAUAAAGCAAAUAUUAAUACAAAGUUAGUAGUAUUUGGCGCUAGUAAAGAAUAUACUGAAUUUUCGAAAUAUGUGGAACCUUGCCAUGAAGAAGAACAAUUUUAUCCAGUUCAAAUUGAAAACCAAAAGGAUGUAGCUGUGAUUGUUUUUAGUAGUGGCACAACUGGUUUACCUAAAGGAAUUUGUUUGCAUCACACGCCUUUGAAAAAUGUAACUAAUCUAAUUUUUAAUAAAUCAGAUACUUACAAUGAAGAAAAAAAUGUUUUGCUAUUGUAUGCCUCGCUUUAUUGGAAUAGUGGUAUAAAUGCUUUAAUCAAAGCUAUAACUAAUGGAUGCUCUUUGGUCACUUGCAAACGAUAUGAUCCAGCUCAUUCGUGGAAACUUAUUGAAAAAUAUAAGGUUACAUUUAUGUUCCUACCAUCUUAUGACGCCAAAGAUUUUUUACACCACAAACCAAAAAACGUUGAUACAAGUAGUUUAAAAAUAUUUUUAACUGGAGCCUGUGCUGUCUCGGAGAAAUUAAUGGAAGGUUUGAUAGAAGCUUUGCCCCAUACUAGAAUUAUUCAAAAUUAUGGUAGCACUGAAACAAUAACGGCCACUUUGUUUAAUCCAAUGAAUGAUGAAGAAUAUAAAAUGCAACUUUUAAAACCAACGUCUUGUGGCAAAAUGGUUUCCAAUUUUAAGUGGAAAGUUGUAGAUAUUAACAGCGAAAAACUUCUUGGUCCAAACGAACAAGGUGAAAUCAGAGUUAAAGGUGAAUAUAUGACGACGGGAUACUACAAAAUGGAUUAUUCUGCUGCCUUCGACCUAGAUGGAUAUUUAAAAACUGGAGAUUUAGCUUAUUAUGAUGAAGAUGAGUGUUUUUACAUUGUUGGUAGAAUAAAAGAAAUAUUUAAAUACAGAGGAUGGCACAUUAUUCCUGCGAUAAUCGUAGAAGUACUAACAUCGCACCCUGCAGUAAGGGAAGCUGCAAUAGUGGGAGUACCACAUGAAAUUGAUUUAGCCCAUCCAAUGGGAGUUGUAGUAUUAAAUAAGGGAUAUGAUCAUAUAAAUACAGCUACUAUUGUUAAUUUUGUUAAUGAGAGAGUUUCUGAAAGUCAAAAGUUAAGAGCUGGUGUUAUAAUUGUGGACAAUAUUCCAAAAACUAUAACUGGAAAAAUAAAAAGUCGAUUCUUAAAAGAGAUUGUUUCUAAUAACUAUAUCCAGUAAUAUUAUUUAAUAAUAAUCGUAGUAAAAUAAUUCCAAUCGGAAAGUCCGGUAAAUAUUAUAAUUAUUUUUUAGAUGUAAAAUAAGUAAAGUUAUCCAGAAAAUACCUCUUUAAUAAAAAUCUCACUAAAAGGCGCAGUAUACUUAUUUUUUUCAUGAGAUCUUGGGAUAUACUAUUUCCAUAUUACAGCUAAGCCAUUAAAAAUGUAUUUUGUAAAUACUUAUCUUGUCUUAUUUAUAAUGAAUAAGUAGACUGGGAGUGAUUUAUACACUAAUGGUGAAAUGAGGCAUCAAACCUAAGUUAAUCCUUUGAUUAGGUAUAACAUUAAUACGACGCUUGUCACCUAUUGCGUCGUUGUAGACGAGUUUAUAAAUAAUUUAAAUAAUAUGUAGUAAUAUUAAUAUUAUACCUAAACAAGGAAUUAACUUAGCUUUGGUGCAUUUUAUUGUAUUUACUGCACGACUCAAAU